AGUUCACUGUAACAAUAAGUAUAUGAAUGGAUCACUUUAUUUACUUAUACAUAAGUCAAUUUGUACUCCAAAAAUGUUUACUCUACAAUUUGGCCAGUGUGGAAAUCAACUAGGUCAUGCAUUAUUUUCUAAAAUAUCAACAGAUCUGGAGUGCGUAAAUACUGGUGUCCCAUACAAUAACAAUUUUCAGUAUUCUGAAGACACAUUUAAUAAAUGGUUUAGUGGCAUAUCCAAAGAAGGUAAACGGUUAGCAAGAGCAUUUCUUGUAGACACAGAAGACAAAGUAAUAAAAAAGAUUUGUAAUGAUGCAACAAUACCGUGGACAUAUCGUACAAAAAAUGUAAUUUGCCAAUCUGGAGGAGGAUGUGCAAAUAAUUGGGCAUACGGUUAUAUGAUAAAAGGACACGAGUUGAAAGAUCAGAUACUAAAUUCUAUAAGGCAAGAAAUGGAGAGGACGGAUGAUUUUGACGGAUUUCUUAUACUCUUAAGUUCAUCUGGAGGUACAGGAUCUGGCAUUGGAAGUUUCAUUGUACAAUUGUUACGCGAAGAAUAUAGUACAAAACCAAUUAUUACCACAACAAUAUUACCAUUUUCGUUUGGCGAAGUGUGCACUCAAUACUAUAAUACAUUGUUCACAUUGGCAAAACUUUAUGAUCAUACUGAUAUGAAUAUAAUAAUUGAAAAUGAACAAGUACAUGACAUAUGCAAAAAUUUGUUGAAAAAGUCUGCAACAAGCUUAAAUGAUAUGAAUGAAAUUAUUUCUGAAAAAUUAUUGGCUGUGUUCCAACCAAUCAACAAUUCAAAAUCUAGUGUAACAGCAUUGGUGUCCGAAAUAGCAUCACAUCCUUCUUAUAAAUUGGCAAGAAUCAAAAGCACACCACAUAUACCUACUACAUACUCAAAGUAUGAAUCUCUUCAUAAUUGGAAUCCCUAUAUACAACAUCUAAAAGAAACACUUAGAGUACCAAACUUAGAUUCAAAAUUGACCGAUGUGGAAUUAAAACCACCUCCUAGUUUAUUAAGUACAACUGUGCAUCAUGUAUACGCAUGUUCAGUAUCAAAUGUUCUGAUUACACGUGGCUCCAAAACAGAUAAUGAUCCCAUUAUAGCCAAUGAAUUUAGAGAUAAACGUCUGUAUCCAGACUGGAAUAGUGCUAACUGCUUUUCUCAUUUGCAUCAACAACGAAAAUUCUUAAAUUAUGAUAAAUUUCUUGCCCUGCUCACCAAUAACUCCCAAAUUUCCUAUUCUCUGGACACAGCUUUAAGUAAAUCAUGGAAAUCUUAUACCCAUGCUGCAUAUCUGCAUCAAUAUAAACGGUUUGGUUUAGAAGAAAAUGAUUUUUUACAAGCAUUUUCAGUACUUGAAAAUGUUGUGAAAGAAUACCGAGAACUUAAAUAGGAAGUAAUGAAACUAAAAUGAAUUCAAUUUCGUGUACUACAAGUAAAUCGAUUAAAAUUUAUGUUAAUUUAAAAAAAAAAAUGUAAAUCGAAUAUCUACAACUCAUAAAAAUACUAUCUUACGAACUAUUAAACGUUUACAUUUACCAUAAAACAUUAUUAGUUUAGUCUUAUAAUAAAAAAUAUUACUUUUGCGAAAUAUUUUAAGAUUAGUAGGAAUUACAUAGCUGUAAAAAUUACUUACAAAACAACAAUUACUGAUAUCGAUGAAAGAUAUACAUUCGUAUAUCAAAUAAAAUGCAUAAUCUCUUAA